ACGCUUUACUUUAUAAAUUUAUAGCGCUCGGAAGAAGGUACAAUCCCUUUCGUUAUACGGGCAAUGGCCGAUCGAUUAAUAAUAUGUUAGAAAGGAUUCUGAAAUAAACCCAGCAGCAGAACAUUCUGUGAUCUGGUAACAGCAGCACGUAUUCGUUCGUUUCAACUACGUCUAAAAACCCCAAGAAAGAAACUUCUUUAAAAAGUAGUUUUAAGAAAUAGUUAAGAGGUCUUAAAAACUAAAGUGAAUACAUUACAGCUGGCGACGAGGAAAAAGAAGUGACAGUGUUUCUCAUACGGAAUAUUCCGUGUAGCAAGGAAAUUCCAGAGUGAGCUGAGUAAGUAAACGGCAGAGUUUUUGUGGAGAGUGGUAAGCUCUAGAAAACUUGUGCUUGACAGUGUGCUUGUGACUAUUUUGAAGAGGUCAAAACGCCUUGAUCAAAUUAGAGCAGCUGUUGAAUAAAUAAAAAAAACGCGCAAACGUCGUGUUUGGUGUAUAAAUGCAUAUGUAAUAGCAUAUUUGAAUUGUGAUAUCAAAAGUUCCAUUUUGUACAUCAUUUUCACCAUUUUAUUCUUUCCAUUAUUCACAGAACUCCCUUCUCGCUCCCACCGAUUUGGCCAUUUUGGUUUUACCAUCGACCAUAGUGUUCGAGUUUGCAUUCUAUCAGAGAGUCGGCGUGCCACCCAGCCACCCAUUAUACCGACCCACUCAGCCACGACGGGCGGGAAUCCAUCAUCUGGAGGUGAUCAGUAGUGAGCUAGUGAGAGAUCGUGUGGUAGAGCAAUUUGCGAGAGUGAGUUUCUGUUGAGCUCGGGGAGAGUUUGUAGAACUGGUGAGUGAGAGAUUCCGCGAUUGCGAGUAGUGAGAAAGGCUGAGCUGGCUGUGUCUCACUUGAGUCUCGCUUGUAAAAGUAAACAGUGCAAUCAACUGCAGCUGGUAGAGUUGCAUCUGCGGUGAGGAAAAAGUGCAUCAAGUAAGUGAUUUUAAUUUGGUUUUCUGCUGGUUGUUACUAGUACACCAUGCCCUCCUUUGGAACGUUAGACCAUUACGUGAAAGGCACGUCCUUCACGAAUUAUUUGGAGCGUUUGGAACACCUUAGCUCCUUUAAUAAUUGGACGGAGGAAAACAAGAAAUCGGUGCUGAUUGCUCUUACCGGCCCGGUUGUUUAUGAUGAACUUAAACUGAUGUUUCCAACCGUUGAAUUGGGAACGUUAAAUUAUGCGGACAUGGUGAAAAAGUUAAAGGAAAGGUUCGACAAGGUAGAUCCCGAUAUGAUGCAGCGAUUUUAUUUCUAUAAUCGAUUCCAAAAACCGGACGAAUCUGCUGAAAGCUUCAUUUUGUCAGUGAAGUUGCAGGCAGAGUUAUGCAAUUUUCAGCAGUUCAAGGAAACUGCAAUUAGGGAUCGAUUGAUAAUGGGGCUGCAUGAUCGGGAGUUGCAAAAGUCUUUACUAAUGUCGGAGACACUGACACUAGAUGCAAUUGAGAAGAAAUUGCUUAGCAGUGAGGUAGCCAACAGACAGACCAAAGCAAUGAACAGUGAGCCAAGAAGGGACGAAGUGCAUUCAGUGAAGAGCAGACUAGGUAAAAAAGUUGGUGAAAGUAGCCGUGACUAUGGGCGUGAUAGAUCGGACAGGCAAUACAGGGGCCGUAUUGUAAAUAGGAAUGAAAAGCGAGUUAGUUUCCGUGGUAGAUCUCCGUCUGAGUCCAAAAAUCGCAAUGCAUACGCUAAUGCAAUUUGUAAUUAUUGCAAAAAGCGAGGACAUUUGAGAAGGGACUGCUAUAGUUUGCGAAAUCGGAACUCGGUGUAUCAUGUAGAGAAGGUUGAAAAGGACACUAGCUAUGAUUUUAAACGGUCAGGCGGGCAUGAUAGUUCAGGUGAAGAAACAGAUGGAAUGGAGUGUUUGAUGAUUUCCACCGUUAACAAAAUUAAUGAACCGUGCAUGAUUAAAGCAAAAGUGCAAAACUGUAUGCUGAAGAUGGAAAUUGAUUCGGGGUCAGCUGUUUCUGUGAUCAGUGAGGCCGACUGUAGGAAAUUUUUCAACGCUAUUCCAAUACGCAGCUCUAGCAGACAGCUGAUUGUUGUUGAUGGAGCACGCUUGAGGAUUACAGGAGAAAUUUCUGUACAGGUUGAAUUGAACGGGUCAAUAGCAAAGCAAAAGCUUGUAGUUCUGCAGUGUAGCAACAGUUUUGUUCCUUUGAUUGGAAGAUCAUGGCUUGAUUGUUUCUUCCCUGGAUGGAGAUCGGGUUUCACGAGCACAGCGAUGGUGAAUAGUCUGAACGAGAAGAAAGAUUUUUCAGAACCUAUCGUAGGCUAUGAGGGGGAACUGAUCCUGAAGCAUGAACAACCGAUUUUCAAGAAGGCGUAUACGGUACCCUACAAGUUAAGAGACAAACUGGCGGAGCAUUUGGAGAUGCUGGAACAACAGAAGGUAAUCACACCUAUAAAGGCUAGUGAGUGGGCAUCGCCUGUGAUAGUGGUAGUUAAAAAAGACCAAGAUAUACGCUUGGUAAUAGACUGCAAAGUUUCAAUCAAUAAAGCGAUAGUACCAAAUACAUACCCACUACCACUAGCACAGGACAUAUUUGCUUCUCUAGCAGGCUGUAGGGUAUUCUGUUGUCUAGAUUUGGCAGGGGCCUAUACGCAAGUUCCUCUCUCUAGGCGGUCCAAAAAGUUCACUGUCAUCAACACUAUGAAAGGCUUAUUUACCUAUAAUAGACUUCCACAAGGGGCUUCAAGUUCAGCGGCAAUUUUCCAACAAAUUAUGGACCAGGUCCUGCAUGGACUAGAGGGAGUUAGUGUCUACUUGGAUGAUGUCCUUAUUGCGGCCGAAAAUUUUGAAAAGUGUGCAAAAAUUUUGGAUUUGGUUCUUGAACGACUAUCUAAAGCAAACAUCAAAGUAAACUUUAAGAAAUGCAAGUUUUUUGUGACGCAAUUGCCAUAUCUAGGACAUCUUAUUACUGACAAGGGACUUUCGCCAUCUCCUGAAAAAGUGUCAACAAUUAGUCAAGCAAAGCCUCCGACUAACGUACCAGAACUUAGAGCAUUUCUUGGUUUGAUCAAUUUCUACAAUAAAUUCGUUCCACACUUGUCUUCCAAGCUAAGGAGUUUGUACGCUCUGCUGGCUAAUAACAGUACCUUUGAUUGGACAGAGGAUUGUGAGGAAGCGUUUCAGUUCAGUAAGAAAGCCUUGUUGAAAGCAGAUUUGCUGGAGUUCUAUGACCCUAAGAAACCGCUAAUUGUUGUCUCAGAUGCUAGUUCAUACGGAUUGGGUGGAGUUCUAGCCCAUGAAGUCGACGGAUUUGAAAGACCCAUAUGCUUCACAUCGUUUUCGCUGAAUUCUGCACAGAAACGAUACCUUAUCCUUCAUUUAGAAGCGUUGGCGUUGGUUUGUACCGUGAAGAAAUUUCAUAAAUUUCUUUUUGGGCAAAAGUUUAAGGUUUACACCGACCACAAGCCUUUGGUUGGCAUAUUCGGCAAAUCCGGUAAUAAUUCGUUAUUUGUAACUAGACUCCAGAGAUAUACCAUGGAAUUAUCCAUUUAUGACUUUGAAAUUGCAUAUAGAGCAUCAACAAACAUGGGAAACGCAGAUUUUUGCUCCCGAUUCCCGCUGGAGCAACCUAUUCCUAAAAGCCUCGACAUAGGUAGCAUUAAUAGCUUGAACUUCUCGGAUGCUUUACCUUUGGAUUAUAAUUUGAUUGCCAGAGAAACUGAAAAAGAUUCUUGUUUGGCAGAGGUGAUGAGAUUUGCAGAAAGCGAGUGGCCUGACAAUGUUCAAAGUUCAUUAAGAAACUUUUACUCAAUUAAAACGGAUAUAGAAGUUGUGCAAAAAUGCCUUUUAUACCAAGAUAGAAUCAUCAUACCAGCAAUUCUAAAGGACGACAUUCUCAAACUCCUACAUGCAAACCAUAUUGGUGUCGUGAAGAUGAAGCAACUAGCGCGCCAAACAGUCUUUUGGUCAGGCAUAAAUUCGGACAUCGAAAAGUUUGUAAAGACUUGUGAGGCAUGUGUCAAAAUGGGAACAGUUCCUGCUAAACCUGAACAUAGUAAAUGGACUCCAACAUCGCGACCUUUCAGCAGGAUACAUGCAGAUUUCUUCUAUUUCGAAGGGAAAACAUUUCUGCUUAUUGUUGACAGUCACUCAAAAUGGGUGGAAGUAGAAGUAAUGCUGCAUGGAACAGACGCAAAACGAGUGAUCAACUCACUCAUGACAGUAUUUGCAAGGUUCGGUCUUCCUGAUGUGAUGGUAACGGAUGGAGGCCCGCCAUUCAACUCGAAGGAAUUUUCCUCGUUUUUGGAAAAGCACGGCGUUAAAGUUAUGAAAAGCCCUCCAUAUAAUCCAAGCAGCAACGGGCAAGCAGAACGUUUAGUUAGAGUUGUCAAGGAUGUUUUUAAAAAGUAUUUGUUGGACCCUCAGUUGCGAGAGCUAGAUUUGAAUUGUAAAAUCAACUAUUUUCUUAUUAACUAUCGAAGUCAAAUUGCUACCAAAGAGGGAGUCCCACCAUCACAUAAAAUUUUAUCAUACAAACCAAAGAUUUUACUUGAUUUGAUUAAUCCAAAGAAGGAUUAUAAGCAAUUUUUAGAAAAACCUAUUUGUUUAGACAAUCCUACAAUAUCUCCUCCUAAACCAGAUCCAUUUUUGAAAUUAGUUGCUGGAGAUAUGAUAUAUUACAAAAACUUCAAGAAAACUGAUCCACAGAGAUGGAUUGAGGCGAGAUUUGUAAAACAAAUUUCUAAAAACACCUUUCAAAUCUCCCUCCACAGGACGACGAUCAUGGCCCACAGGAACCAAUUAAAGCUGGCUCACCUUCCGGUUCGAAGCUCGAUGUUGUUACUCCCAGAAGUCAGUCGGAAGCGCGGUCGAGCGGAGUCGGAGGAUUACCAAGGCUGUGCGGAUUCCGAGGCCGAGGAAGAGCCAUUCCUAGGGUUCCCGGAUGUGGCGAGUGAUCAGAUCCCCAACAGGACGAAACGACAGAAAACGAGCGGCAGCCUGAUGAUGACCAGGAGUCGCGCUCGGAAAUUAGAAGUUUAACCGGUCUGGUUUUGAAGAAAAAUAUGCACCUAGUGCGUUCGAAUCAUAAUGUAGUCGGAAGUGAAAAUGAAUUUUUGAAUGAUUUGAUAGUAUGUAGUUUCUCGAGAAGGAAGGACUGUAGCGUAACGCUUUACUUUAUAAAUUUAUAGCGCUCGGAAGAAGGUACAAUCCCUUUCGUUAUACGGGCAAUGGCCGAUCGAUUAAUAAUAUGUUAGAAAGGAUUCUGAAAUAAACCCAGCAGCAGAACAUUCUGUGAUCUGGUAACAGCAGCACGUAUUCGUUCGUUUCAACUACGUCUAAAAACCCCAAGAAAGAAACUUCUUUAAAAAGUAGUUUUAAGAAAUAGUUAAGAGGUCUUAAAAACUAAAGUGAAUACAUUACAAU